GGCGUUAACUUAUCUUGCCGACAGUGGACUAUUGAUUUGAAGCGGAGUAGCUUUUCUUCUGAUUUAAUAAGCAAAUUUCAUUUUUAACGGGAAACAUUGUUGCAUAUAACAAUUAGCUUAGUUACUGUAUGUACGUCAAUGCAACGUGCAAUGUGUCACCCGCUCACACAUGCUAUGUUUGCUAGCCGCGAAUGCUAACAAUAGCAAGCUAACUUCUAUACCAUAGCAAAACUUAAUCAAAAUGGAUUUGUCCAAAAGUCAAAUUGAGGGCGAUAAAGGGGGUAAUAUGAUUUUAGGUGAGAUUGGCUACGGGUCCGAUGAAGCAAGCAAAAUGGAUUUAACCGGGACAGAAGAGAUUGGAUGUUCGGGGGAUACAGGAGAUGUGGUUUUGAAAACGUGUGUGUUGGAGGGCUUCAAUGAGAAGGACAUGACCGAGGCUCUCAUUGCUAGUCUACCGGAGGUCCACGGAGAGCUGGCCAGCAGAGAGUCCACCACGGAGAAGCUUCUCGUCACACUCAACCUGUAUAGAGACCAGCCUCAUCUCCUGGACCCACACUUGGAAUGGAUGGUGAAUAUGAUACUGGAAUUCGUGAGGAAGGAAGACUGUCCUUCUUCUCUGUUUCAUUUGGGCUUCAAGUUUCUUUACGUCAUCUGUCAGGUGCGAGGUUAUAAAAUCUUCAUGCGACGUUUCCCUCAUGAAGUCGCUGACAUCCAGCCCGUUCUGGAUUUGCUCUCCAGCCAGGACCCGACAGACACAGAGACAUGGGAGACACGAUACAUGCUGUUGCUGUGGCUGUCCAUGACGUGCCUCACGCCCUUUGACCUUUCUCGUCUGGAUGGGCAUUUGGAGUCUGAAUGUGGUCAAGCCAGAGUGGCCAUCAUGGACCGUAUUCUGGCGAUUGCAAAGUCGUAUCUUGCUGUCAGAGAUAGUUCCAGGGAUGCUGCAUCUGUGUUGGUAUCCAAGUUCAUGACACGCCCUGAUGUGCAAAAAAAGUGCCUUGGAGACUUUUUGGACUGGAGCCUUCGCACUAUUUCCCAAACAAAUGACCAGUCAGUGCACUCCAUUAUGUUGCUGGAUGGAUCUCUUCAGGCACUGGCCACGCUUUUUAAACACGGCAAGCGUGACGACCUCUUACAGCACGCUCCGACCGUUUUGCAGUGUCUGGAACAGAAACAUCUGUCAGAGAGCAGUGAGGCCACGCUGAGGAAGCUUAACGUCAAACUGAUCCAGAGACUUGGCCUCACUUAUUUGAAGCCUCGUUUGGCCCCUUGGAGGUACCAGAGAGGAAGCAGAUCCAUAACUUCCACUCUUUUGACCAACACUCACUCAGCAGAGCCUGGAGCCGUCAAAGGGACACAAGCGGAGGAGGAUUAUGAUAUACCUGAAGAGUUAGAGACCGUUAUUGAGCAUCUGCUGGUGGGACUUAAGGAUAAGGAAACAAUAGUGCGUUGGUCUGCAGCAAAAGGUGUCGGGAGGGUUACCGGGAGGCUUCCGAAGGAGCUGGCAGAUGAGGUGGUCGCAUCAGUGCUGGACUGCUUCAGCUUCCAGGAAACUGACAACACUUGGCAUGGAGGCUGUCUGGCUCUGGCGGAACUUGGACGGAGGGGCCUACUGCUGCCCUCCAGAUUGACAGAUGUUGUGCCACUCAUCAUCAAGUCCCUGACCUAUGAUGAAAAGAGGGGUGCGUGCAGCAUCGGCUCCAAUGUCCGCGACGCCGCCUGCUACGUGUGCUGGUCCUUCGCCAGGGCGUAUGAUCCCAAAGAACUCAAGCCGUUUGUCAAUCAAAUUGCCAGCUCUUUGCUGAUCGUGACAGUUUUUGAUCGAGAUGUCAGCUGCCGCAGAGCUGCCUCUGCUGCUUUCCAGGAGAACGUUGGCAGACAGGGGACGUUUCCACACGGCAUUGACAUUGCAACUACAGCUGACUAUCAUGCUGUGGGGAAUCGCAACACCUGCUAUCUGAACACCAGUGUUUACAUCGCCAGUUUUCCAGAAUACACCAGAGCCAUGAUUGAUCACUUAGUAGCCAUGAAGAUCAACCACUGGGAUAGUGCCAUUCGGGAGCUUACAUCCAAAGCCCUCCACAACCUGACGCCUCAAGACCCUGAUUACAUGGCGACAUCAGUUUUGCCGCGACUGUUGCACAUGGCAGUGGCUCCUGACCUUCACGGUCGCCAUGGAGCCAUUUUGGCGUGCGCCGAGGUCACACAUGCGCUCUCCAGACUGGGCCUGCACACCAACAGGAGCGUAGUGGAAAUAAUUCCUUCAGAAUGUGUAGAGGCAUUGAAAGACAUUCAUCAAAAGCUACAAGACAAGAAACAGUACAGGGGAUAUGGUGGAGAGCUGAUGAGACCAGCGAUGUGCAGGCUUAUUGAAAAGCUUUCCCUGUCCAAAAUGCCCUUCAAGACCGACCCAGUAAUCACCGGCUGGCAGUGGCUUAUUGACGACACCAUCAAGACUCUGCAUUUGGUUUCUAGCGGCGCCAAGGAUAGCAUCAUGGCUGCUGUGGUGUGUGCCUUGACGGCCUUGUGUGAGGAGUACUACCAUGACCAGGACCAGCCCGGCCAGGCUGACUCAGAGAAGCAGAGUGUCCUCGUGUCUCAGUACAUCGACGAGCUGAAGAGCCAACAGAUGCUCACCCGUUGCGGCUCUGCCCUUGCCCUCGGCUGUCUGCCAAGCUUUAUGAUCCACGGUAAACUGAAGCAGAUCCUAGAGGGUCUUCGGUGGAUGCACGCCGCAUGUCAGAGUGAGGGGCGUUUUCCAGAGGCCAGGAGGGAUGCCAUCCGAGCUGUGGCUCAAGUAUGUAUAAAGGCCGGCGUCUGUGCCAGCGGACCCCCUGCCUCAGUUCUCUGCUCGGACAAUAUAGCCGAAGUGUAUGGCGUCCUGCUGGACAGCAUGGAUGACUACAGCAUGGACAGCAGAGGGGACGUGGGCGCGUGGGUGAGGGAGGCAGCCAUGACUAGCCUGAAGGAUGUGACCAUCCUGGUGAUCAGAACUGCUCCAGAGAUCCUUCUCCCAGAGCAGGUGAAGUCUAUGAUGUGCGGCCUGGCCCGGCAGGCAGCAGAAAAGAUUGACCGCUACAGAGCGCACGCCGGUAACGUCUUCACGCAGCUCCUCCAUUGCUCUGAGCCUGCGGUACCUCACAUCCCCCACCAAGAGGAGCUGCUGAGCAUCUUCCCACCGGAGGUCAAAGCCAGUCUCAACUGGAACGCCCCAUCACAAGCCUUCCCUCUUAUCACCCAGUUACUGGGGCUGCCCGAGUACCAGUAUCACACCCUGUUAGGCCUCACAGUGUCUGUGGGUGGCAUGACCCAAUCCACAGUGCUGUCUUCGUCCCAGUCUAUGUUUGACUACCUGCGAGGGAUCCAGGAUGACCAUGCAGCUCUAGCACACUUUAGAGACACAUUGUUAAAAAUCUUUCGGGACAAUGUCCGCAACGACAGGAUCGCUCUCCCUUUCCUUAAGAUGCUAAAUCAGAUGUUGUCUAACGGCUCCUUUGACAUCUUUACCACAGAAGAAAAUCACCAGUUCUGUGUGGACCUCCUGGCACUGUGCGAAGGCAUCAGGAGAUCCAAAGAUGUCUCCAAGCUCCGCGCCUGUGUUUCUGUCUACUGUGGCCUCAUCCAGUUCCAGGGUGAUGCCAGGAAGAAGAUCCUCUCCCAGCUGUUGAUGUUACUCUGCCAUUCCUUCCUUGUGAUAAGGACGACCACCGCCAGCCAGAUGUACGAGAUGCUGCUAACAUACGAUGAUGUCGUUGAUCUGGAGGUUUUGGAUGAUGUCAUGACUCUACUCAGUGAUACUAACUGGGAGAGUGAUCCCGCCACACUCCGCACCCCCAGAAAUCAGCUUUGUGAUUGGCUGGGAGUCCCCAGACCACGGCUUGUUGCUAAGAAGCCAGCCUGACAUUCCUGAUCAUGUUUCCAUAUCAAGGUAUGAUUGUCUGAAUGAAUGGGUUGCGUCAUCUAUAAUAAUCAUGGAAUCAUGUUUUUCCAUGAUAAUAAAUAGGCAAAAAAAACAUCCCUGGC